UCGUUGGCUGCCUUUUGUGUUAAGAUUAGAGCUCCAUCCACGCGUCUCGUUGACGCUGUAGACACUGCUCAUGCUUUGCCAGUACGGGCCAAAAGGAAAAAGCUGAUUUCUGUUUUUGAGUUUCUUUCAGCUUACAGUAUUGCUGGAUUGUGUCUGGUGUGUGAGGUGCAAGCAUGUUCGGAUAAGAAAAAGAUCUGAGCUCCAAAAGCCUUCCGGACACUCGAGUUAGGCUGAAGUGUCUGUGGUUCUUGUGCAUUCUUCACUUGCAAGGAGUGAACAAAAGAGCUUCAUGCCCUGAAUGGGUUUUGUUUGUAAUGUCUACAUUUGAAGUUCAUUUCCAAAUUCAAUCCGGCGCAGAGUGCUUUGUUUUCGCAAAGGCGUGAGGGCUUGGAAUUCGGUAGCUCAUCAAGGCAAGAUGGUGAGCACCGUAGGGCAGUACCCAGCGUCCCAAAUUUGGGCUAUGGCGCCAGUCCUGAAUUCUCAACACUUGAAGCCGACGUUGAAGGCGCAUUCACGGCGACCACAAGGUUUGCGGACACCACUGUUGGGCAAUCAAUUUGUUCACCCUGGAGUUCAUCUUCCGAUCUUGGAUGUUUUCACCAGAGUGGGUGCGUCCAAAGAAUGGAGAGCAAAGACUACAAUGACGGUGAUUUCGCCGGAGUCCGGACGAAUGCUGUUUUGUGCGUUGACAGCCUGUGCUGCGACGGGUCAGGUUCUGGAGUCGAGGACAGCGUUGGGAUGCCAGAUUUCUGCGCCUUUGCUAGCCAUGGGUGGUGGAGUGCUCCUCUCUGCUUGCGGCGUUAUACCUCCUUCAGCUGCUGUUUAUGAUUUGGUGUUAUCACUGGGAAUGCCGAUGGCAGUUGCAAUGUGCUUACUUGAAACCGACGUGACGCGAGCAUUCACAGAUGCAGGGUCUACACUGAAAGCCUUUUGGUUUGGCGCCCUUGGAACAAUUAUUGGUACCUUAGUUGCUUUCAAGGCGGUGGGUGGCUUUCUCGGCCCAGAUGGCUGGAAGAUUGCAUCAUCACUGUGUGCAAGUUACAUAGGUGGAAGUAUCAAUUACGCCGCUACUGCUCAGGCAUUAGGACUGACAGCACCUAGUCUAUUAGCAGCAGGCAUGGCAGCCGAUAAUCUUGCUAUGGCUGUGUAUUUUGGUGUCAUUAUGUCUAUUCCUACGGAGGGAAAAGAGGCCACAACUGAGACAUUCACUGAAGAGAUACAGGCCGAACCAGAAGGAAAUCCAACUGUGGAAUCUUUAGCGCUUUCAAUGGCUGCUGCAACAAGUGCAUGCAUGAUUGGAAAUUGGAUUGCUUCAGCACUGCCUCCCCAGUUUUCAGGUUCAGGAUUGGCAAUGCUGGCCGUCGUUGCCUCCGCUUUUUCUGCUAUAGGAGCACUGGUUACUAGCAAAUGGGGAGGAAAGACGAGUAGUACACCCACGUCUAUCUUUGCAGGGGCACAGUCAUUUGGCGGUGCACUUAUGCUACUUUUUUUUUCAGUGGUCGGCGCAUCGACACAGAUACAUGAAGCCUUGUCAGGGGGCUGGCCUCUCUUUGCACUUAUUAUUAUCCUUAUCGCGGUGCAUCUGGCAGUUAUUUUGAGUUUAGGCAGAUGGUCUCAGAUCCCCAUGCGCACGUUGUUGAUUGCAUCAAACGCUAACGUCGGAGGCCCUGCAACAUCGGCAGCCAUGGCUAGUGCGAGGCGGUGGCCAAGUCUUGUGAGGCCUGCUGUGUUGGUGGGAACACUAGGAUACACUGUGGGUACAGCGAUUGGGUGCUUAGUAGGCACUCAAUUCUUGCAGCCCAUGCUUCAGGCAACCUUACUCUUUGCGAGAGCAUGAGUUGUGAGGCAAAGGAUCCAAGCAGCUCAUGUUGUCAUUCCCUCCCAGCAUUUUCAUGGGGUUUGAUGCAUCUUGACCUCCCAUUGCUCAUUGGUAAAUAUUAUUCAUACUGGCCUGAGGCCAGCAGCAUUUAUAUAGUUAUAUUCUGCAUGAAGGGUAUGCCGGAUGAUUAACUAAUUAAAAUUGAUCUACAUCAGUAACCAGUCGUUAGUAACUAGUGAACAUUGAAGCGUUUUGUCAAGAUAUGGAUUGAGUUAUACAACGCGGAGGACUGAGAUUGAACCUUCAACUGUAGUGUAUCUGCCGACAAGCCAGUUGUAAGCCUUGGAAUUAGUCACCUUCAGGUUGCACUUGCUCUGAAGUGUUUUUCCUAACCCUAGCAAUAAAGUACAAGUGGAAGAAUUAAUUUGCACCACUUGCUAAGUACAAAAAGUAGUUUUUGCA